AUGACAAUUAAUACUGUUACCCAAUCCCUUCCUUUGUCCUCUCUCAUCUUUAUAACCGAAACAUGGCUUCUUCCUCCUCUCCAUCUCCCUACUUCGUGGCAGCAAUUCCAUACCUAUGGUUUGCCUGUCCCCAACAUGCGCCGUGGUCAAAUGGGAAUCUCGUUGCUGGUCAAUCCUGAUUUUCCUUACCCUGUUACGCAUAUUCCUUCUGUCUCUCCUUAUGUAUUAUCCUGUCAGGUUGCAUCCACUUUGAUUCACUGUGUCUAUUUGCCUCCUACUGCUUCUUUUUCUGACUCUGAUGCACUAGCUGUACUCCGUGAUCUGCCUCUCCAUCCUAGUCCCUCCCAAACAAACACAAUCAUAUGUGGUGAUCUCAAUGCUCGCCAUGCUCGUUUAUUGGGUGAUACUAAGACUACUACUAGAGGUACUCUUUGUGGAAUACAUCCACUAUGA